UGUUAAUACUGAGCAUCGUGAUAACUUGCAUCGGAAUCUUUUGUCAAUUUUACUUUUCUAAUUUCAUCCGACGAUGGCAGUUAUGAGAAAAUUCAGCCAGUUCGUUUUACGAACGCAAUUUAAAACUUUAAAAUUGGAAUAUUCAACUAAUGCGGGUUUGUUGAGCGACAUAAGCGUGUUGGAUCUGAGUAGGGUUGUGGCUGGACCUUUUUGUACAAUGACCUUGGGCGAUUUGGGCGCGAACAUUAUAAAAGUUGAGAGUUUGGAUGGGGACGAAGCGCGCAAAUGGGGCCCGCCCUUCAUAAAAGAUAGCAAAGAUUCGUAUUAUUUUUUAUCAGUGAAUAGAAACAAGAAGAGUAUCUGUAUUGAUUUUAAAAGUCAAGAAGGCAAGAAAGUGAUCUAUGACUUGGCAAAAAAAUGUGACGUUCUUGUGGAGAACUUCAUCCCAGGCAAGUUAGACCAACUAGAGGUGGGAUACGAGAAACUGAAGACGGUCAAUCCGAAACUUAUAUAUUGUGCCAUCACUGGUUUCGGCCCCAGAGGACCUUACAUGAAGAAACCUGGAUAUGACGUCAUCGCGGCUGCAAUGGGCGGAUUAUUACACACGACCGGGGAACGCAACGGCAGCCCGGUCAAAGCCGGAGUCGCCAUCACUGACGUCACUACCGGCUUGCACGCAUUUGGAGCCAUCAUGACUGCAUUAUACCACAGACAAAAAACCGGCAAAGGACAAAAGAUAGACUGCAACCUUCUAUCCACCCAAAUAGCUAGCAUGAUUAAUGUAGCUAACAUAUAUUUGAACUGCGGCAUCGAAGGUCAGCGCUGGGGUACGGCGCAUGCGAAUUUGGUGCCGUACCAAGCUCUCAAAACAAAAGAUGGUUACAUGGUCAUUGGUACAGGAUCCAACGCCCAAUUUGCGGACUUCUGCAAGCUGAUUGACAGAGAAGAUCUAAUUACUGAUGAGAGAUUUAGCGAUAACUCCAAAAGAGUACAAAAUAGAGAUGAGAUAGUUAAUAUAAUUAGUGAAGUUGUUAAAACUAAGACGAAUAAGGAAUUAAGUUUGCUUUUUAAGAAUGCAUCGUUUCCUAACGGACCUGUGAAUUCAAUGCAGGAUGUGUUUGAUGAUGAACACGUGCAGGCUAUCGGGCUGGUUAAGGAGCUACAGCAUCCGAAGGCUGGGACUAUCAGAGUUGUCGGCCCCCCCACGGAGUACAGCGAGGGUGGUAACCUGGCUAGAAAUGCCCCACCCUUACUAGGUCAACAUACAAAGGAGAUUUUGUCAGAUUUCCUAGGAUACCAUGAUGCUAAGAUUGAGGGGUUGCUAGAAAAUAAUAUUGUAAAAUAAAUAUUUUUAUAUUUGAUGGUCAGAGAGCCCGUGGAGCGCGUGGCGGUGAUCACGCUGCGGCCGACGCGCACUCAGCAGCGCAAGAAGGUCGUCUGGACGGAGGACACCGUCGACAACGAGAACAUGAACAAGAAGAAAUCUAAAUGUUGCUGCAUAUACGAGAAGCCGCACCGGUUCGGCGAGUCGGACUCGGAGGAGAGCGACGACGAGUGCGAGCACUGCUUCGGGCACGUCGAGCGACGCCGCGGGAAACACAAACACGCAGAGGACGGCUCCGUCACUGUGCAGGAAGAGUCAGCGGAACCGACAGCGACCAUAACCCUCCAGCCGCCGGAGCCUGCGCCCGCGCCGCCCGACAAGCCUCCACAAGACGGCUAGCUACAUACACCCAGCGUCAUAGACCCCUGGACUCCUCAUCUAUAGUUAUUCAUACAGUGAUAUUGAAGGGUCAAGAUAGGGUGGUUGUCGACCGGUUACUAGGUCAAUUUGAGUGAAGUUAAAACUUUUAGGUAUUUAAGUACGGAGUUUAUUCUGUUGUUUCUGUCCUUUUCUGGGCAUGAAUUAAUUUAAUAGGUAUUAGAUAAGACUUAUCCCGCCUGGAGUGAAUUAUUGGAAGAGAGAAAAGAGAUGAGGAAAUCAUGUUUUUUGAGGUUGAAAAACUGUAUGAGUUAACCUGAAUGUUUAUUUAGUCUAAUAAAAAAUAGUUAUUGGGUUUAGUAUUUAUGCACAAAAAUCGAUUUUAAUCGAUAUAAAAUUUUUGUGGCUAACACUCGAUAUUCUUUAUUUGCAUUAUAAGGGACCGGUCGACGAUCACUAUCACAAGACAUAUUAUAUUUAAUGCAGGCAGCAACCUUCCGAAUAAUCGAUUGUAUUGUACAAGUACAGUUUGAAAACAUUCUACCGAUCGUCGACGGAACAAUUAAAACUCGUACAGAACUACAUAUUAUGAUACGUUACGAUUUGUCGGUACGAAUAAAAUCGUAUAACAAAAUCGAACCGAUUUUUCAGGAAAUGCAACGCCAGUUAUCCGAAACACCAACUUGCAUGAAAUUUUUAGAUAUUUCAUAAUCGUCAGCUUGUUAGUUGUAUUCUUUUGCAUAUUACUAAAUCUGUAAUUAUUUCUUAUUUUAGGUAAGAUAGAGAUAAAAUUAAAUAUUAUUUUUAUUUAA